GUGACAGAUUGAAAGGCGAAGACAACACGGUAAUAACGCGCAGACAGCGCGUGAAACACCUGUUAUUCACGUGUUGUCUACGUGUCACAAACCAGGAAAACAGUAAUUGAACCAUUUAGCUUCCAUAAAGCUACAUCUAGCAGACAAGCUUUAGCUCAAAAAGCGCAUUUCAUCCCAGAGUGACACAUCACCUUUCGUCACUUCCGGACCUGCGCAGUUGUCUCAAACCUCUACCGAGCAGCGAACAGAGAACCAGCUGGAAAAAACGAUAAAACAAGCAGAAUAAGAGACGGUUUUUGAAAUAUGUUCGCUUAAAAGACACUUUAAAGGUAGAAAACCCGGAGGAGAGCAGCUCAGACGGCUGGAAAGCAUCGCAGAGCCUCAGGAACCGUCCAGGCAUCGGCUCGGUCUGCCGUAGAGGGAAGGAAGAGUCAGUUCGGCCAAAGAGACGCAGCGCAGCAAGAAACCAUGAACCCUGAGUACGACUAUCUGUUCAAGCUGCUCCUGAUCGGAGACUCUGGGGUGGGAAAAUCCUGUCUGCUGCUCCGCUUCGCUGAUGACACCUACACAGAGAGCUACAUCAGCACCAUCGGGGUGGACUUUAAGAUCCGCACCAUCGAGCUGGACAGCAAGACCAUCAAGCUGCAGAUUUGGGACACGGCAGGACAGGAGAGGUUUCGAACCAUCACCUCUAGUUAUUAUCGUGGCGCCCACGGCAUCAUCGUAGUUUACGACGUGACCGAUCAGGAGUCUUAUAACAACAUCAAACAGUGGCUGCAGGAAAUCGAUCGCUACGCCAGUGAAAAUGUUAACAAGCUUCUGGUGGGAAACAAGUGCGACCUCACUACUAAGAAAGUGGUCGACUACACAACAGCCAAGGAGUUUGCCGACUCUCUGGCCAUCCCUUUCCUGGAGACCAGUGCCAAGAACGCCACCAACGUGGAGCAGGCUUUCAUGACCAUGGCGGCUGAGAUCAAGAAGCGCAUGGGCCCCGGGGCCACGGCCAGCGGGGACAAGCCCAACCUAAAGAUCGAGAGCACCCCAGUGAGGCAGUCUGGAGGGGGCUGCUGUUAAGGGACCCCCAGUCCUCCCAUCACGGUUUUAUCCCCGCCCCUUACCCCCCACCCCACCCCCAGCUUGCUCUUUU